GCCUUGGGGGGGUGCAUAGCCGGCCAGACAGGGGACGCUCGGCGGUGGCCCGACAGGGCCUUGUGCGGUGAGGGACAUUGGCGGGAGUUGGAGCUUCGUGGGACAGGCUGAGGGCAGACUGCUUCGGUGAGCGUUUCGGCGACCGAGCACGAUGCUGAGAGGUCAGGCUCGGCUGUUUAAGGAUGCGGGUGAGGACGAGAACCAGAAGGCGCAUAAGAAAUGCUGCGUGUACAAGUACAUCCACGUGGGACAGAGUCUCGACGAGAGAUUCUGCGGCAAUCGCAUGUUGAAGUGCGUUUUCUGCGGCCAUGAGUUCCAGGGCAACCAGUUCGUGGCGUCGCGCCAUUUCCGGCAGGGCAAGGGAUGUCCGGAAGUGACCGACGACGCACUUGUCGACAUCCACUACAACAGUGACUACAAGAUGUCCGACAAGCUCCUAGAGCGGAUCAAGCGGUUUGAGGAGCUUCACGGUCCAACGCCUGGGAUGGAUCUGCGACGAGACGAGGGGGGGGAGGGAGAGAUUAGGGACGCCGGGGAGCAGAUUGACGUGGAUGGCGAUGUCGAGGAGGUUGCGCGGGCAUGGUCGUCAGGGAGGGAGCGAGGGAAGGGCGUUGUCAGAGAGUCGUGGGGGCAGCAGUGCCAGUACUUUGCAUCGGCGCACGUGUCGGUUCGUACACGGGCAGGUGUGGAUACGGCUGAGGAGGAUCCGUCUACGGGGAAGAGGAAGGAGAGAGAGGAGGGGGCGCGACCGACAGCAGCACAAAAGAGGCUAAGGCAGAACACGAUCACGGAGUCAUUCUCUUCAAAGUGGCAGAUGGAGUUCAAGAAGAGGUGGCUGAGGUUUGUGUACAGUGAGCGCCUCGCGUUCAACGUCUUCCGGAGCGACCCGCACGAUUUCCAUGUUAUGACGCGCAUUGGUAAUAUUCCUGGGAUCCUUCCAAUUUUCUGGAAUUCCAUAAAUAUUCCAGUAGUGCCGCAGGGUUGGGGGUUUGAUGAACUUGCUCAUGAAUUUUUGCGCUUGAAUAAUCUCUGUCGUUCUGCAGUUCAGAUUGAUAGAGAGGUUGUGCUUGCCUGUUGGAACUUACCCGCUGGAGCUGCUUAUGCACCGGAUCCCGUUCUCAUUAGAUGGGUGCGUAGACUGCUUGCAUACGCUUGCGUGCCGAUUGAUAGGAAUACUGCUGACACGCUUGUGUUGUGCCCCCGAUUGUAUGUUCACUUCCUUAGGAUGACUUUCGAAUGGAAUAGAUCCUUUUUUCCUGUUGAUGUUGAAUCUGCUGUUGUAUUGGCGGGUAUGAAGGAAGCCUUUACCGAUGCUCAUUUGGAUCGCAUUGGUAAGCGAAAUCCUCAGGGGGAUUUUGGACAUGCUGUUGUGCUGCCUAAGCACAAAGAUUUGAGCAGAUGGCGACCCAUCUCCCCUACCUUCUCUGAACCAGCUAAGCUGGCCUCAUCGCGGGUUGCACGUGCACUCAACUGUCUGCUCUUUGCCUUACCUGCCUCAUCUAACUUCAAUCUCAAAGCGGUUGAUUGUUUUAAGGACGGCUUGGCCAGGAUGAGUAGAGCAGUGUCUAGCUUGGGGAAUGUUAUGGAUAUGGAGUCAGCAUCAUUUGAUAUCAAGGAUAUGUUUAUUUCCUUACCGCAGGUAAAUAUUUUGCAGGCAAUUGAAUGGCUUGUUGACAUCUAUCUGAACCGUGGUUGUGUAGGGGUAACUGUGGCUAAGCGAGGGAGAAAUGCUUACCUUUCUUUCGGAACCAACCGGGAGGGUUAUGUGUUGAUUGGUUUAUGGCAGAAUCUUGAUAUGGUAGCAUUUGAUCUCCGUUGCACUUAUGUAUGGUCGGUUGACGUGCUCCUUAGGCAAGUAAUUGGUGUUCCGAUGGGGAAAUCGACGAGUUGCCCUUUGACUUGCAUUUUGUGUGCUCGGGCGGAGCACAAAUUUGUUACUGGUCUAGGAACGGAUAGGAAGUUAGUCUUCGGUUUUCGGAUUGUGGAUGACGUCAGCAUUUUCAUCGCUAGGAGAUUGAGAGAUGGGGAGGAGAAAGCACGGAUGAUUCUUGUGGCCUUUCUGAGGUGUUAUGGGGAGAAUUUGAGGUUAGUUAGAACUGAUACGGCAGGUGGAUCGGGUUGGGGUUUUGCCGGGACACAGGCGCAAAGGAUUGGGGCUGAAAUCUCCACGGUAGCCAUUGUUAAGAACGCUGAGCCAAUUCUGAAACAUCGACGCCUCGUUUUUGGCUCCUUUCAGGACUUUUGUUCCUACGGAUCGAAGAAAGCCAAGAUCGCGGCUAUCCUUGGUACGCUUUCUCGAAUUCACCGGUGGUCAUCUGAUGGAAGGAUGCAAGUUUUCCUUUCCAUCAGAUCAGAGCUCCUGUUACGGGACUAUCCUCCUAAGCUGAUUGAUUCAGUGUUUCAACGAUUUGCUGUUAAUGCCGACUCACCUGAGGCGGUCGUGGUAUUGGCCCUGGGGGUUGGUCCUGCUCAUUAAGGGCUUGGGAGGCCUUCCCAGGCUGGCCCCUAACUGGGCCUGUGCUGUAACUGUUUCUGUACCGGGUUGACGAUAACCAUGGCAGCUGAUGGAGCUGGUCGUCUCUCUCUUCAGCGGUGGUCUCCUUUCAACUAUGGGCUGCACGUCUAGUUGCGAUCUGGCUUCUCCACACGAAGGCAUGCACGAUAUCACUAGGAGUGUGUCUUUGAGUUUUGGUAUUUCGACAGUAUAUAUAGAUGACAAGGCGUUGAAAUGGUCAUCUAGCGAGAGUCAAGUUGCUCGGGGUGUUUCCUUCUAAGCCUCCUGAUGAGUCUACUUACGGGGUAGACGAAACCCGUAAAGGUGUGGCCAUCUGGUGGGUGCAGUUCUGGGUGUGCAUAGUCAAUUGAGUGAGUACUCGGUUGGCUGUGGUUUUGGAUUGAGGUGUGGCGAAUUGAUGGCGAUGGUUGGGGAUACAAUCAAUUGUUUACUGUGAU